UCCAGUCUGUUUACAGUAAUUAAGUUGUCUAGCUCGUGAUUUAUGAUGCAUUGAGAAAGAGGUUUUGCAGAGAAGAAAGAAAGACGAGGAAAAAAAUGACAUGAGCACGUCUGACUUUCGCCCGAAGGCUUUCGGUGUUUUUCUGUGUUAUCUAAGAGAUAUCGGUGUUUACAUACGGGUUGAUGCUAAUAAUUACGUGAAAGUUGUGUAAAUAAAUUCCUCCGGUGCUGGUGGGCCAUUAAAUUAUUCCUUUCCAUUGUUUUUGAAUGUCAGGAUUUUCAAUUUCGCAUAAUCCUUUACAAACGAUGUUGAUUUGCAACGCUAAAAGAACGCUGUGUGUUCGUAGAAGCGGUGAAACAUUAUUCAGGAUGUCUGCAUGCAUCCCUAAAUGUAUCGUGAAUGACUUAAAUGAACCUGCGUGAACACGGAUUCGGAUGCCGGCUGAGCGGUUGCUGUAGUGAUGUCCCGUCCUCCUCCAGCCCCGCUCUUUAUUCUGAGGGGUUCAGGAGCCGCCGUCAACAGCCUGAGCUUCUGCUGCGCUGGAGACGGACCUCCGCGUCUCUACUCGGGGUCGGGUAAGGGUGCGAUCCACCUGUGGAACCUGAGCACCAGGAGAGCGGAGAGGGUUCUAGAGAGCCAUGCUGGGAACUCUGUUAUCUGGCUCCGCUCUUUCAGAGACAGCAGAAGCAGAUUGAUCAGUCAGGGUCGGGACAUGCGCCUGUGCGUGUGGGAUCUGUCUGAAGACCGCAGCGCAGUGACCGACUCUCUCCUGACCGCCAGCGUGGGCUUCUGUCAGUGCUCUCUGCUGGAGACCGGACCGGGAGCCGCUCUUCUGGCUCACCCCACAGAACACACGGAGGAGGUGAGCGUGGUGGAGAUGAGGAGCUGGACUCCUGUGUGCUCCCUGAAACCUGAUUCAAAGCUGGGCAUGCUCAUGUGUAUGAAGAUGUGGCAGGCAGGUUCCGGUCCGGUUCUGUGUGCCGGCUACGAGGACGGCUCUCUGGUGCUGUGGGACGUUUCCCAUCGCCGUCCCUACGGCCGUCUGAAGGCACAUGCUGAGCCGGUCAUGUGUCUAGACGUUGAUGUGUCCCAGCAGAAAGGCGUCUCGGGGUCUUCAGAGAAGAUCCUCCGGUCCUGGACGCUCGACAAGCAGCACAGCCUUCAGAUGCACGACUCUGUUCAGAUGACCAAUCCCGGGGUCUCUCAGCUGUGUAUCCGUGCCGAUGGAAAGAUCCUGGCAGCGGCGGGAUGGGACGACAGCAUCCGAGUGUUCGGCUGGAAGAAGCUGAAGCCACUGGCUGUUCUGCAACAUCACACUGACAUGGUGAAUAGUGUGGCCUUCUCAGACCAUCAGGACCCCCCACAGAGACUUUUGGCCGCGGGGUCCAAGGACCAGCGGAUCAGUGUGUGGUCUAUAUAUAGCCAAAGCUGAGUUUGAAAGACAGAGGCCCGCUUUACCGUUUCCUUCAAACUGAUUGUUGCAAAUUAAUCUGACUUUAUUUACAUACUUGAACGUGGUGCUAAUAUAUUUUCUUUGAGUGAAAGGGCCUGAAUCAGUCAGAGGCGGAGCUACAACAUUGCAUUGCAGUUUUAUAUAUAAUCGCUUGCGGUAUUGCUGUCAAACAAUUAAUCACUAUUAAAAAAGAUAUAUAUAUAAAUACAAAAUA